AGGCCGCCCGCGCUCUCCGGUGCCAUUUACUCCGACGACGGCGGGGCGGAUCCAGGGUUCGAGAUAGACGGCAGCGGCAGCGGCCUCGAUUCUGAUGGUAGCGGCUCCUCCAGAUCCACGAGAAGGGCUUUCUUGCUGGUGUCAAAUCCGUUCUUGUUGCUUUUCUUCUCCAGGGGCAGCGGCUGCACCAGGUGUCCUCAUCGCCAGACAGUCCAGAAGGAUAUCAUAUUGAUGAACAACGUCUUGUUUGAAAAUCUCAAUUUUGGAACCACAAAAGUGCUCCAACCAAACGCGAUCUGAGCCACAGCGACCUAGGUUCCCCCUUUCCAUUCUCUGAGCUCAUCGUCGGCCACUUGAGAUGGCCGCAUCACCAGAGAGUGUUGAGGUGUUGGAGCCGCAGCCGCUGGAGGUGAUAGCGCCGGAGGUGAAUGCUAAGAAGCGCAACCCGGUGCCCAAAGUCCGGGUUCUUGGCCGCCGGAUUUACGAUCCAGAGAAUGGCAAGACCUGCCACCAGUGCCGCCAGAAGACAAUGGACUUCGCGGUAGCAUGCAAGCAGGUCAAGAAGAAGGGCCCGUGCCCAAUCAAGUACUGCCGCAAGUGCCUCCUCAACAGGUACGGUGAGAAUGCCGAGGAGGCGGAAGGGAAGGAGAACUGGAUCUGCCCCAAGUGCAGGGGCAUAUGUAACUGCAGCUUCUGCAGAAAGAAGAAGGGCGAGAUGCCAACAGGAAUAAUGGCCCACAUUGCCAAGGCUUCGGGGUGUACCUCUGUCCAUGAUCUCCUUGAAAAGGGGUCAGACAUGGUGGCUGCUACACAAGCGAUACUCAAGAUGAAUGGUAGUGACAAGCAUCAGGGCACAAAGAGGUCCCGAGAGACAGAUGCUGCUGAUAAGGUGGCUGCUAAACGGGAUGAAAGUGUAGGCAUUGAUCUCAAUACAGUUCCAGGAGGUGAAGGGAAUGAAAAUAUAGGUGUUGAUCUCAAUGCACGUCCCUCUGUCUGUAUCAAGAAAAGGAGGAAGCUCCAGCAUGGUGUAAAGAAGAAUCCUGCUGAUGAAAGGUCCCAUGGUGGAGACAGUAAUGAACCAUUACCGAGGAAUGAAAACCCUGAUGUUCUCAGUAAUAAUAUUGCACUACCCAGGGGUACUCCGGUCACUAACAUUGCAGGUGCAGAGCUCGACAAUGAGGAUAUUGGGGCUGCAAUUCAGUUUCUAGAAUUCUGCCGCACAUUCGCAGAGAUUUUCCAAAUAAGGAAAGAGCACCCAGAAAGAAUUCUUCAAGAUGUAGUUGGAGGUCGUGAACUUCGGUUGGUAUCCUCAGUUGUUGCUGAGUUUCACAUAAAAUUGUUAUCGGUCAUUCAAGAAGAAAAGGGGAAGAAGCCUCUGGCUUACACGAGAGAUGGAGAUGCUUGGGUAGUCGAUGUUGGCAAAUAUAUCAGUGAAUCAGCAUUUACAUCAAAAGAAUUGCCUCAUGACUGUUUAAAUCAGGGAGUAUCAGGAUAUAAAAAUUUGAGCCCUUCUUGCAAGCUGCGUGUUCUGAAUUUUCUGUGCGAUGAGACCCUCUCUACUGACAAGUUGAGGAACUGGAUUGACAUGCAAAAUGAUGUUGCUGCUGAACCAAUGAAUGCUGCCAGAGAAAAAGCCCGCACCGCGAAAGAAAAGGAAAAAGAGCUAAAGGACAGGCUAAAGGACAACAUGGAUAAAUCAAUGCUUUCACCCAAUGAAACAGCAGCCCUUACCAGUGAAGAAAAUAAGGAUCUUAUUUCCCAAAUAAAGGAGGCACAGGAAGUCAAGCGUUCAGCCAUAAGUGAUAUGGCAGCAAUAGCAAAGCAGGGAGGUCUUUGGACCAAGCCUCUGAUGGUAGAAAAAGGGUUAGCAUACUGGAAGCUAGAUGGCUACUGUGAUAAUACAGCAAUAUUACUUCAAGAGUAUGGUGAUGAUGAGUUACUGGCAAAUAAAGACAAGUGGUUUAUGUUUACUGAAGAUGAAGAGAAAGUAAUUGAAGAACAUAUAGCAAGAAGGUCCAGACAUCAGAUGAGAAAGCGUAUCCGGGUCUAAUGUACUGAUUUCAGGCUCUUGCUUGUUCAACUUGCUGUUAUCCUUUCUAAGCAUUUCUUUAGUCUGUUGGACUAGAUUUUCAAAAUGAUAAUUUUUUUCGUGGUGCUAUCUCUGGGCCACAACUAUUUCUGUAUUUAUCCAACUUUGUAAUAUACAGUGGUAGGAAAUACAAUGACAGUGCUUUUGUUCAUGGAAACUCUCAGAUGUUUAAUUCGCAGUUGUCCAACCUUU